AAGAAAAUUAUUAAAAAUGGUUGGGUGUGCAGCUCCAUUUUGUAAUAACUCAGUAGCUAAAGGCUACAUAUUAAAAGCAUUUCCUCGAAAUGCCGAACGUCGUGCUUUGUGGACGAAAAAUGUUAGUGAAAAAUGUUGGGGAAAUGGUGUAAAAAAUUGGACGCCUGCAACAAAUUCUUUUCUCUGCGAGGUACAUUUCACACCAGAGAUGUGGGAACCAAGAACUGAUGUACGAAGAUUGAAAUCAAAUGCAUAUCCCAUAAUAUUUGGGUAUUUUCUGAAAAAAAAACCAAUGAAAAAUAAUAUUAAACAAGAAUUAACAGAAAAAAAUCAAGCAAAUAAUAAGACAGAUUCUAAUGAAUCAUAUCAAUCUAUCGACAUUCAGUUAAAUGAAUCUACUGCUUAUAUUAAAAAACAGGAAUGUCAGGUGAUUAAUGAUGUACCUGAAUAUAAUACAUCAGCAAUAUAUCCAGCUUCAUGUAAAACUGAAUUUACUGAAUUAAAUCAACCUAUCGAUAAUAUUCAAUUAAAUCAAUCCAUUAGUGAUAUUAUAAAACAAGAAUAUCAGGUGAUUGAUGAUACAUUUGAGACUAAUACAUCAAUGAUAUGUCCAGUUUUAUGUUCAGAUAAAUGUAAUGAAAGAGAAGAAAAGCGAUAUAAAAAAUUAGAAGAUGUUAAUCAAAAACUACGACUCAACAUGAUUAAAAUAACAUGGUCAAGUGACACAAUUCAACGCGCUUUGCAAUUAAAAUUUGUAUGCGGAAAUAAUGGAUAUAAAGAACUUAUCCGUCAAGGAUAUCCACUUCCAAAUGUACGAACAUUACAGCGAAGACUAUAA